AUGAGGCUGUUUCAACGAGUGCAUAAAGUAUCAAUUGCCUGUAACAUAAUCACCAUGUUCCUUUUGAUUCCUGCCUGUAUUAUAUUUCUUUACUACAGGCCAUUGAGACAACAACACAGAAUUCGACUGCACAUUUGCUUGAUGAUUUCAUCAUUUAUAACCUCAGCUAGCAUGCUCAUUUGGGAUGUCAUUAUUUUUAAGGAUAUAAUGGAGACUGAGGAUCGUUUAGAAACUGCUGCUAACAAAAAUUCAGUUGGCUGUCGACUGCUGCACGCUCUCACCAGAUACGCAGAAGUUGCAGCCUUCAUGUGGAUGUUCAUCGAGGGAUUUCAUCUGCAUCGCUUACUAGUCCACGCUUUUACUGUGCCUAAAGCACUCAUUCAUUACUACAUCUUUGGCUUUGGAUUCCCAAUUAUUCCAUUGACAAUAUACUCUAUUAUCAGAUCAACAUAUAGUCAAUUUAAUCAAAGAUGCUGGAUCAAAUCGGCUGAUGCAUACGAAUGGAUCCUGCGAGCACCAAGUCUCUCAGCGCUUGUGGCAAACGUGUUCUUUCUGCUGCGUAUUGUGUUCAUCAUGGUCCGACAGUUGGAACCACAUCCUAAUGAGCCUAGUAAUUUCAGACGAGCAGUUAAAGCUGUGGUAGUGUUGGUGCCCUUGUUCGGUCUUCAGUUUUUCCUAUUCGUUUACCAGCCUGAAGAUGGUAGUGUCUUCACUGAAACUUUGGAGCUACUCAGGAAGAUGUGUUCCAGCUUGCAG